AACUGUGAUUUAUUUUGGGAUUUCUGUCAUCCUAGGUAUUUUGGAAAUAUUUGCUGUGUCUCAGGGGAUUGUAGGAAUACGAGGAGUUUUCAGCAACAAAUUUUUAGCGAUGUCAAAAAAAGGAAAACUCCAUGCAAGUCAACUUCGGCAGCAGAUCGCGCAGACGGUUUCAGCCAAAUGUCUCCCGGAGAGCGGCACGCGUGGCGCCGGGAGCCUGCCUGUGGCCACGCGUGCGCGGGGAAGGGGCUGCGGCCCCGCGGGUUUGUGCGCGGGGAAGGGGCUGCGGCCCCGCGGUUUUGGCUGGGUUUGCCCACGAGGGACAGACGUCCCCCGGCCCACGCCCUUCCCCCCCCGCUUUCGGCAGCCCCAGCCCCCCGAGCUCGCCUUCACCGUCACCCUCCCCGAAAAGAAGCCCCCGUCGCCACCGAAACCGCAAGUUGUCCCAUCUCCGCCUCGGAAAAACCCCGGCCCCGUCAAGUACCGGCUGAAGUUUCGCUUCGGGUAG